AUGUGUAACCCAUGGGUGGCGUGGUUAGGAGUGCUGCCACUCUUAGGUAAAGAGUUAACUCAGGCAGCCCUCAAACCAGCAAUGCCUCCGGUGAUCAAGAGCCAGCCUUUCAACAUUUUCUGGGCAGCCCCAACAAUGUAUUGUAUGCCUUUCUUCAACGUAGAUGUAAAUCUUCAAGAAUUUAACAUUAUAUCAAAUCCUUUAGAGACUCAGAGUGGGUCAAAAAUUGCAAUAUUUUAUCCAAAUGAAUUAGGGUAUUACCCUUACUUCUCUCAAGAUGGAAAAUCCUUUAAUGGAGGAAUACCGCAGAACGUGAGCCUUUCUGAACAACUUAGGAAAACUGCUGAUGACGUAGGAGAAACUGUCCCUUGGUGGAGAUCAGAAGGACUUGUUAUUGACUGGGAAAGUUGGAAACCCCAAUGGGAUAGAAAUCGGGGCAGCAGAAUAAUAUAUAAAAACAACUCUUUAGCCUUCACUAGAAACCAUUAUCCUUAUUGGUCAGAAAUGAAAGUGGAAACAGUUGCCCGAGAGGAAUUUGAAAAUGCUGGAAAAAAUUUCAUGAACAUUACUCUCACAUUGGCUUUAGAAAUGAGACCAAAAUGUUUAUGGGGCUUUUAUCUCUAUCCAGGCUGCUACAAUUAUGAUUACAGAAUAAAUCCAGAGACGUACACAGGUAAUUGUCCAAAUGAUGAAGUUCUCUGCAUUGACCAACUCCCGUGGCUGUGGGAAAAAAGUGCAGCACUUUAUCCUUCAAUACAUUUGGAUAAAAUACUGAAGUCAAUCUUAAAUGCUUUGAAAUUUGCUCACUAUCCAGUUAGAGAAGCCAUGAGGAUUGCCGAAAUGGCUAGACAUGACUAUGUUUUGCCAGUUUUUAUUUUUUCCAGACCAUUUUAUUUGCAUAGUACUGAAGCUCUGUCACAGGAAGACUUAGUGCAUACAAUUGGCGAAAGUGCCGCAUUGGGGGCAGCAGGAGUAAUAUUGUGGGGAGGAUAUGAAUAUUCUGCUUCAAAGAGUCAAAUGGUUGCUGAUUAUCUGCUUACUUGA